UGGAUAUUUUGAAAUUGCCAGAACGCGUCGAGCAUAUAAACAAACAGCCCAGAAAGCGAUUUUGUAAGUGUCUCAACUUGUCAUUCGUAAUCGAUGUAGGUUUCAUAUUUCGAUCUGUGGCAACGCUUGGAGCGUCAUUUUAGUUUAGUGUUUAAUUCGGGCGCGUGUAAAAAUUUCGCUAGAGCCAAAAUGUGUGCUAGUGCCAUGGAAGACCUUAAGUUACGUUUCAGUGAUGAUUUGCAACAAUUAAUUUGUGAUAGCAAUGAUCGUAGCAAUAUUUUUACAAGAGAAAGAUACUAUGAAAUACUUUCAGAGGUAAAGGAAGCAAAGGCUUGUAAAAGUAACGGUGACCCAAUUUCUUCAAAACAAAGGCGACGAUUGAAAAGGUACGAUAUUUUAAAAAUUGGUGAAACUGAAAAGUAAUUAGAGAAGAGGGCGGAUGAGACUGCUGAGCUGCGUUAUUUCUGCACGACUGAUGAAUUAUUUGAUAUCAUUCAUUCUGCUCAUGUAGGAGCAGGGCAUAAGAGAUUACGAGUGAUGGACUCAGAAUUAAAGAGGAAAUAUUGUAAUAUAACACGGCAAAUAAUUGAGGUUUAUUUAUUACUUUGCAAUGAGUGUCAAUUAAAAAAGAAAGUGCAACGAAAAGGUUUAGUGGUUAAACCAAUUUUAACAAAUGAAAUGAAUUCGCGCUGUCAAGUAGACUUAAUUGACAUGCAAAGUGAACCAGACCAAGAUUUUCGUUUCAUUCUCAAUUAUCAGGAUCAUUUAACAAAAUUCACCGUGCUAAGAGCACUAAAAACAAAGACAGCUGAAGAAGUGGCCUAUCAUUUAUUAGAUAUUUUCUGUUUGUUCGGCGCCCCUAUGAUUUUACAAAGCGACAAUGGCAGAGAAUUUGCAAACCGCAUCGUAGAAAAUCUUGCUGAAAUGUGGCCCGGAUUGAAGUUGGUCCAUGGAAAACCUCGUCAUUCGCAAAGCCAAGGGUCCGUAGAGAGAUCGAAUCAAGAUGUAAGGGACAUGUUGGUUACAUGGUUGGCUGACCAAAACACAACGAAAUGGUCUGAAGGACUGCGGUUUGUGCAAAGCAAUAAAAAUCGUUCUCUGCAUACAGGAAUAACUAAAAGUCCUUAUGAAGCUAUGUUCGGCACGCCUCAAAAGAUCGGUCCUAAAGAUUCGUCACUUCCUAAGGAACUGCUAUCGAACAUUAAAACAGAAGAGGAACUACAAAAGUUGUGCAAUCAAGAAAAUUCAGACGAACGAGAAGAUGGACAUUUGCGUCUAGUUGACGACGAUAAUUCGAUAAACAGAAGGAAUACUGAAGAUAAACAACAACAACAACAACAAGAGAAAAAUGUCUGUACAAUAUGCGAAAAUGAAAUGUCAGAUUCCCUUAGAUGUUCAGUUUGUUGCUUAUCUAUUCAUAUCAUCUGCGGAAAAGCCAAGGAAGGAAAUGGAGGGGGUGAACAAAGCAUUAUAUGUAAUCGAUGUUUACGAAAUGAAAAUAUUAGUAAUGUACGGGUCGAGGCUAAAGGUGGACUGGAAAAGCAGGCCGAGAAAAUGAUCGCUCUCUCGAAUUCAAAGUUACCACCUAUUGAUGUAGGAAAAACCGUUAUUAUACGAGUACCUGAUGUGGACAGAGGUAGACUUGCCCCGAGAAACGUGUUAGCUGUUGUACUCAGUAUAAAUGACUCUGGACUUUAUCAGCUUGGUAGGUAAUAAAUAAAUAAAAUAAGCUAUUUAAUAUAAUGUUUUAUCAAUUUUCAGGAACGAAAGAUGGAACUUUGCAAUCGCUGUAUAGCCGUAAUGAGUUUACCUUAGCCGACUCCGACUUUAUUGAUAUUUCAACAGUCCCGUCAACGUCUGUAUCUCUUCGAACUGCUUCUGGCUUAGCAUCUGGAUCGAAACAAGGCUUUAUACAGUGCAAUUGCAAACGAUAUUGCAUCGACAGAAAAUGUGCGUGUAGGGCCAAGAAAGUAGUGUGUAACAGUAAAUGUCACCGCAACAGUUCAUGUAAAAAUAAGUAAGCCCUUAAGGUUCCAAAAGUUUUACGUAUUUUGAUUUUCUCUGUUUCUUUUAGAGUUGAUUUUGUUACUUUUAACAUUUGAAUGUUAUACUUACAUAAACAAUAAAAAUAUUUUUCCAUAUUA